CACAACAAAACAAAGAGUGUUAUCUUUACUUAAAAGCUGCAUGGGAAGCUUCCGGAGAUUUCAUUGCACUUGAGAAAGUCUACCAGGAACAGGAAAGAGAACAUCUGGAAAGAAGGGGAUUGCACCACCGUUACAAUGUCUGAACCAACGCACGCUGACAAAGAGAAGAAAAAAACAAUUCCCCCUAGCCUGAGUGGCCGAAGAGCCCUCCCCCCAAACAUCUCCAAUGCUGAAGAAGAUGAGGUCCCUGUCAUGGAGAUGACUGCUUUGGUACCUAGGGGAGUUAACCUGAAAGAUUUUUUGGAAGUUAAUGAAGUUCACAUGUUCAAGGGUGACCAGGAUGUUAACAAGCAGGAGCACCAUACUGACAAGUACUACCACCCUAAGUUGAUUGUACGCCGUGGACAGCCUUUCCUUAUCCAAAUUGACUUCAACCGGCCUUACAAUCCUGAAAAGGACCAGUUCUGGGUGGAAUACCUUAUAGGUCGUUAUCCACAGCAAAACAAAGGCACUUACAUUCCAAUCCCUUUGGUUGAAGAACUGCAAAGCGGGACAUGGGGAGCCAAGAUUACCUGGAAGGAGGACAGAUCCAUUAGGCUGUCCAUCAUGUCUGCUCCAACGUGCAUUGUGGGGAAAUUCCGCCUCUAUGUCGCUGUCCUGACUCCCUAUGGCAUCCUCCGGACAAAGAGAAACCCAGAGACUGACACCUACAUACUCUUUAAUCCCUGGUGCCCAGAGGAUUCUGUGUUUCUGGAUGACAAGAAGGAAAGGGAAGAGUAUGUCCUGAAUGACCUUGGUGUUGUUUUCCAUGGAGACAUCAACAAUAUAAAAUCCAGAAGCUGGAAUUAUGGUCAGUUUGAAGAGGGCAUUCUGGACGCUUGCCUACACUUGAUGGAUAGAGCAAAACUAGAUCUCUCUGGGCGGGGGAACCCAGUCAAAAUCAGUCGCGUUGGAUCUGCAGUGAUCAAUGCUAAAGAUGAUGAGGGCGUGGUUGCUGGCAGUUGGGACAAUGUUUAUGCUUAUGGAGUAGCACCGUCAGCCUGGACUGGAAGUGUAGACAUCCUGUUGGAAUAUCAUAGCUCUGGUACGCCAGUGCGGUACGGUCAGUGCUGGGUCUUUGCUGGAGUCUUCAAUACAUUUUUGAGGUGCAUAGGGAUACCUGGAAGAAUUGUUACCAAUUAUUCCUCUGCCCAUGAUAAUGAUGCCAAUAUACAACUGGAUGUCUUUGUGGAUGAAGAAGGGAAAGUGGACCCCAAACUCACAAAAGACUCAAUCUGGAACUAUCACUGCUGGAACGAGGCAUGGAUGACCAGACCUGAUCUUCCCGUUGGUUUUGGAGGAUGGCAAGUCGUAGAUAGUACUCCUCAAGAAAACAGUGAUGGUAUGUAUAGAUGUGGCCCUGCUUCUGUUCAAGCUAUUAAACAUGGUCAUGUCUGCUUCCAGUUCGAUGCUCCUUUUGUUUUUGCAGAGGUAAAUAGUGAUAUUGUUUACUCAAAAGCAAUGAAAGAUGGAACCAGAGUGAUUGAACACAUUGAUAAGACCCACAUUGGUAAAUUAAUUUUGACCAAGGAAAUUGGUAGUGAUGGAACCAAGGACAUUACUGAGCAGUACAAGUUCCAGGAAGGCACAGAAGAAGAGAGACUGGCCCUUGAGACAGCUCUGAUGUAUGGCAUUAAAAAGCAGGCUACCCAGGAUACUAUGGAGCAGGCAGGGACCGAUGUCGACAUGGACUUUCAAGUGGAAAAUGCAACACUUGGCAGUGACUUCAAAGUCACUGUAACUUUCAGAAACAACAGCCACAACCGUUACACUGCAACAGCCUAUCUGUCUGGCAAUAUUGUGUUUUAUACGGGUGUCACGAAGAAUGAAUUCAAGAGCCAUACUUUUGAUGUGACACUGGAACCCUUGGCAUCUAAAAUUUCUGAGGUCUUAAUCAAAUCGGGGGAGUACAUGAGUCAGCUGCUGGAACAGGCCUCUUUGCAUUUCUUUGUCACAGCACGUCUCAAUGAAACGAAAAAGAUUCUGGCCAAGCAGAAGACCUCUGUACUGCAAAUCCCCAAGCUGCACAUCAAGGUUCCUGGAGAGAAGGUAGUUGGUAAGGAAAUGUCUGUGAUAGUAGAAUUCACCAACCCACUGAACCAAAAGCUUGUGAAUGUCUUGGUACGUCUCGAUGGACCUGGCCUACUGAGGACAACCACAAAAAUGUUCAGGGAAAUUCCAAAGAAUUCUACUUUGAACUGGGAAGAAAAAUGUUUUCCAAGACAAGCUGGAGUUCGAAAGCUAAUUGCAAGCCUGAAUUGUGAUGCCCUACGACAUGUCUAUGGUGAGCUGGACCUAGAGGUUGAAAGGAAACCAUUUGUGUGAACAAGACUUUUCUUCUUCAGCCUUUCAUUUAUCAGUGUUUAUAGGAAAAAAAAUUGAAGAAAUAUUUUCAGCUCUCAUUGUCCUAUCUCCGAAUAAAUGUACAUGUCAAUGAAGCAAAGUAAUGGAAAACACCAGGGAGGGUUGGGAAUGCAUUUAUCGGGUUAUGAGUGUUCCAAAUUAAGAUAAUACUAGUUAAAGGCAACUUCAGGAUAUAUUACUCUUAUAGUUCACAUGAAUGUAUACCCCUUUGCAUUAGUACUGGGAGGGAGAAGGUUCCAUUCUCCAAAACACUCUUUAGUUUUAAUUAGAGCUUGAUAUUUCACUGAACAAAAAAAAUUACACAUUUUUAUGGUAAAACUUGGUUUAUGUAGCUUAACAGGUUGCUUUAUCUUGUGGUGUUAAAGUUUUCAAAUUCACAGAGCAGCUCACUUUGUUGAAAGGAUUUAUCAGGGUUUGGUACCUCAAAGCUGCUCCCAAUUAGCACUCUGCUAUGCCCUCCCAUACACACAGACACUGGCUUCUUGCUUUGUCUUUACCCCACUCUGUCCGCUGCUUGCACACCAUCCCUCUCGUUUGUCCUUAGGCUACCAUAUCUCUGCCCAGGGAUCACUGCACCAAGCCCCCAGUUCAUUAGUCAUAACCUUUCACCUGUGUUCCAAGGCUUCUGUCUUGCCACACCUACCUUCUCUCCUUCCCCACACUUAGUAGGGGGCCUUAUUAUUCCUUAGUGCCAGGUGUGUGUAGCAGACAGCCAGUGCUGACAGAAGGUGUUCCAAGCACCUUUAUGGAGUUCAGGCUGCACAAACCUGGAAAGUGGGCAAAUAGGGAUACAAAGGUGUGGACAGGCAGCAGGCUGGGCGUCUCUGGAUUCUACCUCUCCCAAGCCCACAAAGGAAGCAAGUGCAAAUGAAUAUGUCCCCUCUGUGCUGUGGAACCUUUAGGGAUGGUUCAAGAAGCAGCUGUGAUCAAGUGAGCUUCUGGUAUCUCAGUUUUUGCAGGAGCAGCAUUCUUGAUUAGCGAGUAGGAGCCAGUGGGGCUGGGCAUGGCAGAUGCCUCUUUAGUUUUGGGAGAGGGAAGAUUGGCACAGAUCUCUGGGUAUUCAAAGGGUAAGAGGAUGGAAUCAUAGCUUCUUCCAGGGGGAGGGUACAGCCACCCCCACUCAGAGAAGGGUGAGAUGGAAACUCCACAACCUGAUUUCAGCGUCCCCUCUCCUUUACAAUUUAUUCCUGCAUAAGGAACAAUGGGGACACAGGCUUCUCAUUUCUAAGACUGAUCCUACCCAGAGCUGUUCCUGACAUUUCUGUUGAUUCCAGUCUCACUGUUCUUUUUGCACCACUGCUACUCAGCUGAAAGGGAAGUACUCCCUGAUGCAUUCUGUGCAAUGGUGUGGCUCUCUGUGGUGUUGAUCUGACUUAGGAGCUCUAGGAGAUACAGUGCUACCAAACAGGUACGGGACUGACCCUGAGUCAUACUAAAAUUUUUCUAGGGGAUUUGAAUUUUACUCCUAAAUACACAUUUCCUCCCCAACCCCAAAACACACCUUGUUUCCCUGGGUGUAUUAUGAAUGCCUACUGAAAUACUUCACAGCAUUUUAUUCAUUAUAAAAUGAACGUGGGGGGGAGAGGGAGACGGAUGGGUCUCAAAUUAUUCUGCAUCUGCAGUAAAAACCUUUGCUUGCCCAGCUGUAGAGAUUUACUGUAUGUAAAAGGACACGGCCCAUGCUAACAAACUGCAUGUGCAGGAUACUUCAUCAUUUUAAAGGGAGAUAAGAGCGGAAGCAGGUGCAAGCCUCACAUCUAUUAAAUAAUAUAGCUUUACUGUGCAUCUCAUAGGUGACAUCAUGUUAUGGUCUGAUCAAUGAGAGAAAGAUGGUUUGCCUUAACCUCUGAAGUCCCAUGCUCCUCUUCUUUCCCCAUGAUCCCUCCCCUCCCCUCCCCACACCCACAGAACUUGUGCCCAGGUGAAAGUAAUUUUUUUAGGACAGGUAAGCGCAGGAAUUCUCUCAAUGACAGAAGGCCACGUAGGGGAGAGAUGGCUUGCUCUUUUGUUAGACUAUAUGGGACAAAUUUUCAUACAGAGACACAUAAGUUGCACAUACAAAAUGUGUAUGUAUACACUUCAUGCUACAGUGAUGGGUAUAGGACUGAAAGAUAAGUUCCCGUUGCAUGCCUAAGUGGGCACGUUCAUAUGGGGAAUGGGUAGGCGUGUACUUAGAGUACCUGGGCUUUAAUGCAACAAUGCUCACACAUGUUUUGCUAGCACAACUUACAUUACCUCAUUUGAAAAUUUGUCCUUACCUGUCCAAAGGCUCUCAAGGAGCCCUCGGUGUGUGUUUAGCAGUUAAUAGCAUGCUGGAAAUGCAUUACGGCACAUUAUGUUUAGUGAUCAUAUGUUCCUUGCUAAAUUCUACAGUAUCUAAUACAAAAUAGCCACAUUUUGCUACUGAGUAUAAAUCUGCUUUCCUCUGUGCAUUUUUAAUAAUUAGAACAUAAUAGAAACUUAAAAUAAAGACAGUCUG